CUGCCGCGACCCGAGAGCGGCUGGACCCCUACGGCGCUGCCGCCCGCUUCUUCGCGGUGGGCGGCCCCCCCCGUGCCCGUCACCCCCGGCGGGGCGGGGCGCGUUUGGCCGGGGGCGGGCCGGCGGGCUUGAGGCUGUGCCGCGGCGUGGGAAAGCACUUCAGAGACGGUUCGCUCUGCUGGCGGUGCGGAGCGGAGCCGAGCCGUGCCGUACCGGAGGUCCCCUUCUUCUUCCCCCCACCCCCCUACGGAUUUAUUUAUCUCUGUCCAUACCACGGCCAUAAGCUGCGCCGCGUCCUAUGCCCACGAUGAAGCGGCCGUGUGAGGAAACUACCUCAGACAGCGACAUGGACGAGACGAUAGACGUGGGGAGCGAGAACAACUACUCCGGGCAAAGCAACAGUUCUGUCAUUCGCUCAAGCUCCCCAACAACAACAUCUCAGAUUAUGGCCAGAAAGAAAAGAAGAGGGAUUAUAGAGAAGAGGCGCCGAGAUCGUAUAAAUAACAGUUUAUCAGAGCUGAGGAGGCUUGUGCCAACUGCUUUUGAAAAACAAGGAUCUGCCAAAUUAGAAAAAGCAGAAAUACUGCAAAUGACAGUGGAUCAUCUGAAGAUGCUGCAGGCAACAGGAGGUAAAGGUUACUUCGACGCUCACUCCCUGGCCAUGGAUUUCAUGAGCAUUGGUUUCCGGGAGUGCCUGACCGAAGUGGCGAGGUACCUGACUUCGGUGGAGGGGCUCGACACGGCCGACCCCCUGCGCGUCAGACUCGUGUCCCACCUCAGCACCUGCGCCUCUCAGAGGGAAGCCGCCGCCAUGACCUCCUCCAUGGCUCACCACCACCACCCCCUGCACCCUCACCACUGGGCCGCUGCCUUUCACCACCUCCCGGCUGCCCUGCUGCAGCCGAACGGACUCCACGCUUCCGACGCCGCCCCGUGCAGACUCUCCUCGGACGUGCCCCCCCACGGCUCUGCCCUGCUCACCGCCACCUUCGCCCACGCCGACGCCGCCCUCAGAGUCCCCUCCGCCGGCAGCGUCGCUCCCUGCGUCCCCCCUCUCUCUACCUCCCUGCUGUCCCUCUCGGCCACCGUGCACGCCGCAGCGGCGGCCGCCACGGCCGCUGCCCAGAGCUUCCCCCUCUCCUUCACGGGCGCCUUCCCCAUGCUUCCCCCCAGCGCGGCCGCCGCCGCCGUGGCUGCAGCGACAGCCAUCACCCCGCCGCUGGCCGUGUCGGCCGCCGGCAGCCCGCAGCAGGCUGGCAGCGGGGGCGGCACUAAACCCUACCGACCCUGGGGGACUGAAGUUGGAGCCUUUUAAGUCCCCCUUCUCCCUCCCCAGCGCAGCUCCCUCCUCUCCCUCAGCACACACGCGUGUGCACACCCCCACGCGUGCCCACACGCACCCACACGCGAGGCUCCCAGGCUCUGCGCAUCCUUCCCGAGGCUCUGGGACUCCUCAUGUCCUUCCCGAGACUCCAGGACUCUGGAGCUCAUUUCUUCCUGAGGCUCUGGCACUCCACGUGUCCUUCACAAGACUCCAGGACUCUGCGUGUCCUUCCUGCUUAGCCUGGCCAAGCGGCCACCUUCACCCGAAGGGCUUGAGAGGUGCCAGCAAGCCCACCUACACCUUGCUCAGCUACCCUUCUCCUCGCAGGCAUCGGUGAGGACACCGCGUGGUACCUUCUUCUCAGCUGCCUUUGCUGAAGGCAUCCUGGGGGAGCAGCAGAGGCUUUCAGGAGCAGUGUGACCAUGUCAGAGCGUAGAAGUUCCCUGGGAAAUACGUAGAAAUACGUAGACAUUAGAACUAAUAAUUCUCCAGCUAUGCAUCCUUGUUUGGCAGAGAGGUGAGGGGUCACACCUACUGUGUCUCCUCCAGGCUAGAAAAGGAGUUUUGAGUAUUCUAAAGUGCCUGAUAUUGGAAAAAAAAAUACCCAUAAUAAAAAGACUUUAUCUA